AUGCUAGGAACGAAGAAUCUAGAGUUAAAGACCGCAGGAACCUCGCAACCCGACGCCCGGCCGCCGCCAACCACCGCAAAUUUACCGCGCAAAAAAGCCCCGCGCUUGCGCAGUGGCGCCCCGCACCGAGCUCCUUCCCACGCCCUCCUGUGCGGCGCCUGCGCACCACGUCCCGCUUCUCCCAGGCCUGCGAAGCUGGGGACCCCAGAUAGCCUUUCUAGCCGACUCAGGUGGGAGACGUUUGCUCGCUCUUGCCCGGGCGGCCUCUGGGGCCCGCCCGCCCGCCCGCCUGGGUCGUGGGCCCCGCGAGACGGCGGCCGGGGGAGAGGGCUCCCGAGCGCGGGGGCGGGGCAGAGGGGUCGAGUGACGGUCGGCCUCACCUAUUCGGGACGCGGUCUGAAGCGCAGAGGGGUGGGCCCCGCAGCCAGUGGGCGGGGGCGGGCGGUGGCCCGGCCGGCGAGGAGGGGGAGCCCGCGGCCGGGGGACGCGGGGGGAGGAGGGGGCGGGCUCCCAAUCCGGUUCCAUCCGGUUCUCCCACCGCCCCCGCCGCGGGUCCUAGAAGCUCGGGCGGCGGGAGGAGCGGCAGCGGCCCAGCAGCCCAGCUUUGCGAAGGCUCUCGGCGCGCCGCGGCCCGCAGGCACCCGGCACGCGCCCUCCCCGCCGCCAGGAUGCCCAAGAGGAAGGUCAGCUCAGCCGAAGGGGCAGCGAAAGAGGAGCCCAAGAGGAGAUCAGCGAGGUUGUCAGCUAAACCUGCUCCUGCAAAAGUGGAAACGAAGCCAAAAAAGGCAGCAGCCAAGUGAGAGAGCCAAGCUGGGACUGAGGCCAGGAGAAACGGAGUGUGAUAAAUCUUCAGACAAAAAAGUACAAACAAAAGGGAAAAGGGGGGCAAAGGGAAAACAGGCCGAAGUGACUAACCAAGAAACUAAAGAAGAUUUACCUGCAGAAAAUGGAGAAACUAAAAACGAGGAGAGUCCAGCCUCUGAUGAAGCAGGAGAGAAAGAAGCCAAGUCUGAUUAAUAUCGUAUACCAAGUCUUAUCAGUGGUUCCUGUCACCCUUGUACAAUCCAGAGGAAUAUUUUUAUCAACUAUUUUGUAAAUGCAAGUUUUUUAGUAGUUCUAGAAACAUUUUUAAGAAGGAGGGAAUCCCACCUCAUCCCAUUUUUUAAGUGUAAAUGCUUUAUUUUAAGAGGUAAAAUCAUUCGCUGGUUGUUUAUUUUUUGGUACAGCCAGAAAAUAGUGGAAUAUUGAAUUAUUGGAGGCUUUGACUGUCCUGGGUGUCAGCCUAACAUUCCAUAGAUGGGGGUAGUUUUUAUAUCCUGUAAUACAAAGCAUACUAAAUGGCAAUUUGAAGUCACAGUCACAUAUUUACUGUGUCUUGAACAUUUAAAAUUAGUUCUAUUCCCAUGUUAUUUUUUAGUAGAAUUGUUUCUUGAAGACCGCUCCUUAAUCAUUGCUCUCCCUGUCAGAACUGUGUGCACUCUGUAACAUCUUUGGUCAUGGUAGUCUAGUUUUCCUAAUAGUUUUGUUAAUGUGUUGUGAAUGAUUGGAAAUUUGAUUAUGUAGUGUAUAUGAUAUUAAAUUGUGAACUGGUGGGACUUAUGUAACAGCUUACCAACAUCUGGAGAUACUGGUACUUGAUAUCCUCUUAAGGAAACUUUGCCUCCAAAUUUGAAGAUGGAAGGUCACUGGAAAAACUUUUAAAAAAAUCAUGAUAUGUGGCUUUUUAGAAUUUCGGUACAUAUGUUAAGAAUUGUGUACAAAUUGAAAUGUCUGUGAUGAUCCUCAACACAACCAAUAAAAUCUCAAUUAUGAAAGAAUGUUUUGAAGCA